AUGGCUGCACACGCAUUCCUCCUCUGCUCCCUCGCCUUGCUGUCCGCUCUCAGCCGGCCUGGGCUCUCCUUCACUGACGACGACUUGCAGCCAGGACUUACCUAUGACGAAGUGCCUGAAAUCCUGGACAGAAGCAAAGAAAACCCCAAACAAGCAACAAGAGUCACAUCAAGUCAAGAUGGCGAGUACGGCUUAGAAAGUGAAGAAGUUCUUUUGACGCCUGAGGAUGAAAACCCUCUCAGGAGAAUACUGCAGCCUUUUAACUGGCAUCAGCCUGGGAUGUCUCACAGUAAGAGGAAGCUGCUCCAGUCUCUGAUGGGGCCUUACGGUCCACUGAGUGUGUCUUACAACGGAAAGACCUGCAUUCUGUUUAAGGCAAAGCGCCUGGCAAUCCGCUACAGAAACCACACCUUUAUUGAUCUGACCGAGAGGGUGUUCAGCCCCAACACACCCGUGGACACCAAAGGCUCCAUCUGCACCAAGGAAAAAGCUACGCUCUCCUUAAGGUUUGGCGAUGUGGAGGACUUGAGAGGUCUAGUAAUCAGGCUUCAGAUGUCCAACACUUUUUAUGAGGCAGCUGGUCAAAACUGGUUCACACUAGACAGCGUUCACAUCCACUACAACUGGACCCAGGAGGCCACAUUUAACGCCAGCGAGGUCUACGCUCCUGCCACUUCAUCCUACCAUUGCCAGCACGUCAGCAGCCUGCACAAAUAUGACACCCUGCUAGUGCCCAGCUCCCACACUGACACAUCUGCUAACUGGCACAUUACUUUCACUGAUUUCCAGAUCCAGGCCUUCAAUGUGCAGUCAGACAAGUUUGCGUCGGCCAGUGACUGUGCCACUUUCCUGACGCCGGCCAUCCUCAUGGGCUUGGUAACGUCUUUGAUCCUGCUCCUCGUCUUAGCCUACGCCCUGCACAUGGUGGUACACCUCAAGCACAUCGACCGUUAUGAGGAGCACAAAGCCACCGUCUACUUUCCCCGUAGUCCAGAGGCCGAGUUGCCGGACAAAAACAGCCUGUAA